AUGGCAGACCCAUCGGUGUACAGCUACCCCUCACCUCUUGAGGGCUGGGACCUUUCAACCCCACUUCCCGAUGAGAAGGCUGAAGAUGGCAAGAGCUACGUAAACCACCAAACUGGCAUCCUGAGCAAGAGCUACGAACUUUUCCCAACCCCGCUGGACAACGGCAGAAGGGGAGCCUUUGACAUCCAUAUUUAUUACUUUCAAAAGAACGCCAGCCAAUUGGAAUUCGCCAAAGAACUCUGGGAACGCAUCCGCCGCGAAUUCCCCGAGCUCCGCAUCUACCGAUUCUGGGAAGAACCUAUCGGACCGCACCCCAUCGCCAUGUUUGAAGUAAACCUUUUCACUCCCGCGCAAUUCGGAGCUUUCAUCCCCUGGCUCGUCAUAAAUCGCGGUCCGUUGAGUGCGCUCGUUCAUCCGAAUACCGUUGAUCCGACAACGGGCAACCAUGAGGAUGAGUAUAGGGAUCACACGCAAAGGGCUACGUGGUUGGGAAAUCCGAUAGCGCUUGAUUUGGGGAUGUUUCAUGAGUUUAGGAGGAUGAAGGAGAAGACGGCCGAGCAGAAGAAGGAGUUGGUGACUGAUUGA